UACAUUAUCUUCCCUGAUGUUUGUUCUGUCUCUGCUUCAACUUAUUUCUUGCUCCAGCAAAAGCUUUCAUCAGCAUCAAGACGUCCAGCAGUCACAAGUCUGUUUUACACUCUAACCUUUCUCUCCUGUUAAUUUUGAACUGAGCUCAGGCCUUUCAAGGGAGACGCGUAGAAAGACAGCAGUGUGAGAGCGACAUAGACAUAGACACAGCGAUGGGAUUACAGCCAGCCUAGACCAAACCAGGUCUGAGUUGGCUCUCAGUUGAGUGUCUGGCAUGGUCCUUUGAGCAUUUUGCUGACGCUGCAUACUCCAUUCAUAAUCGAACAGUCUGGAGGCUAACUCUUUCCAUGUCCUCAUAUGGACAUAUACACAGGCCAUCCGGGUACCUGUUGGGGUACAGCUAGCCGGCAAGCAACAAAGCAGUCUACGUUAUAAAUUACUGAACUUUGAGACACAGUAGUAUUGAGACUACUGGACCAUUCCUUGGUAAGCCUCUGUGCCUCAGUUCUGUAACUCUCCCACAAUGAUUGUGAUGGUUGGAUUGCCAGCCAGAGGGAAGACAUACAUUUCCAAGAAGCUCACUCGUUACCUGAACUGGAUCGGGGUUCCGACAAAAAUGUUUAACGUGGGCCAGUACCGCAGGGAGGCCGUCAAGAUCUAUAAAAACUUUGAAUUCUUCAAACCUGAUAAUGAGGAAGCCAUGAAGAUUCGCAAGGCCUGUGCAGCAGCUGCACUCAAAGAUGUUGCUUUGUACUUCACAAAGGAACUGGGGCAAGUAGCCGUAUUUGAUGCUACAAACACCACAAGAGAAAGGAGGGCAAUCAUUGUUAGUUUUGCAAUGGAAAUGGGCUACAAGGUGUUCUUCGUUGAAUCCAUCUGUGAUGACCCAGAAAUCAUUGCAGAGAAUAUCAGGCAAGUAAAAUUCGGCAGCCCUGAUUAUGCAGACCGUGACAUAGAUGAAGCCAUGGAAGAUUUCACCCAGCGCAUCGACUGUUACAGGGCAAGCUACAUGCCUAUAGAUGAUGAGAAAGACAGGAAACUCUCCUACAUAAAGAUCUUCGAUGUGGGCAGUAGAUACCUUGUGAACCGGGUCCAGGACCACAUUCAGAGCAGAAUAGUGUACUACCUCAUGAACAUACACGUCACACCAAGAUCCAUCUACCUGAGCCGCCAUGGAGAGAGCGAACUCAACCUGUUAGGUCGGAUUGGUGGAGACACGGGCUUAUCCCCUAGAGGAAAAAAGUAUGCUAGUGCCCUGGCGACCUUCAUCAAAGGACAGAAAAUCAUAGACCUCAAGGUGUGGACGAGUCACAUGAAGAGGACUGUCCAGACUGCAGAGGCCCUGGGAGUCCAGUAUGAACAGUGGAAGGCUCUUAAUGAGAUAGAUGCGGGUGUAUGUGAGGAACUAACUUAUGAGGAAAUUCAGGAGAAUUUCCCAGAAGAAUUUGCACUAAGAGACCAGGACAAAUAUCGCUAUCGGUACCCAAAGGGUGAGUCCUAUGAAGAUCUAGUCCAUCGUCUAGAGCCAGUCAUCAUGGAGCUGGAGAGGCAGGAAAAUGUUUUGGUCAUUUGCCACCAAGCUGUGAUGCGCUGCCUGUUAGCCUAUUUCCUUGACAAACCUGCAGAUGAGCUGCCUUAUCUAAGAUGCCCUCUUCACACUGUGCUCAAACUCACACCAAUAGCCUACGGGUGUAAGGUUGAGUCAUUUUUCCUCAAUAUUGAAGCUGUCAACACACACAGAGAGAGGCCACUGAAUGUCAACAUCACCAGAAACCCAGAGGAAGCUCUGCAGACUGUUCCUGACCACAUAUAAACACUGUUUGCUGGAAAACUGAGUUAUGUGAAACUGGAUUUGUUACUACUGAUAAGCUUCACUAAGUUUUAGAGAUGCACUCCAGUCACAGCUGAAUGUGGGAAAAUAGAAGACAGGAGGUCUUUGAAGCUGAAGAGGUGAUUCUAGACACGGGACUGCAUCAACACCGAAGCACAAGGAGUGAGUGAAAAGGGAAUAACCUACAGCUGGCUCUGUUUUCAGGAUGUCUGUGGAAUAUUUCUGUCUCAUCAGACUUAAUGUGGUUUUCUUUUCUGAAAGCACACAGUGUUUACAAAUGAUUUAUAGACAGUAAUAAUGCACUUUGUCUUGAGCUGAAGGCAAGAAUAAAAUUGUAGAUGUAGAUGGGUUUUCAUUAUCACUCUUAACCUUGCCUUCAUGUACAUUUAACUGUGGUACAGAUAACAAAAUGUGUUGUUGAUCAUCAAGUUAUGUAAUUAGGAAUCAGCACCAUGGACAGCACCCAAACAAAACAUUUACUUUAUACUUGGAUGACUGUAACUACUGUAAUGAAAUUAAAUAGCAUGGUGAGUUCGAAUAAAUAAAAGUUGUACAUAGAAAAUAUAUAAGAAUAAUUAUCUCCAAUAUGUGAGAAAAUAAAUUCGCAUUAAAAUUCAGGAGUCUUUGUUUUAUUCUUCUAAUUGCCACGUGCAACAAUUAAAGUCUAAAUUCUUCCCACAUA